UUGGCGGAGCAAGAGGAAGAAAGGGGAAUGAAGGAAAAUAGCCACACGAAAUUGAGGAUGUUUAAGCUAAGGAAGAUUUUAUUUGAGGACUAAUUUCGCUUAAUAGGUACCGCCGUGUUCAUUUCAGGAGACCAAAAGUUAAUGGAGGUGAACCAUAACAGGUUUGCGUGUCUUGUUCGCUCCUCCUGAUGAAGAAUGGUGGUGUUUUGUAGUGCCGAAAACUUCUAAUUUGGUCCAUUUUGGAUAAAUAAACAUGAGUGGAGUGAUGCUGUGAACGUGGCGGGUAUAAACUAGUACCUUAUUUUAUUUUAUUUUAUUUUAACGGUGCUUUUAUUCACGGUGAAGUGAAAUGCCCUUACCUGCAGUGAUCAACUCUGUAUUCUAAUGUCGACAUUCACUGGGCGAGUUUCUGCUAAAAGAUAUUUCAUCUAGACAAAUGUUAUUUAAAAGUUCUAUGCAAUAGAUUUUUUUAAUUAUUCCCUAAUCAUCCUCUUUGGACGUUAAUCCACUGCCAUGACUGAAGACCAACUAAUCAGACGCCUUAAAGUAAAGCUGAUCGAGAUUCUCAGCGCAGAUGCAGAUCUCGUUCUGCAGCAUGCAGACUCUCGCAGUCUGCUGUCUCCUCGCGGAUACCAGCUGGUGAAAUCCUGCCGUGUUCCCAGUGAAAAGGUGACUGAACUUCUGGAUCAGAUCAUCCAGAGCGGUCCCACAGCAGCUCGAGGUCUGCUGGACGUGUUGAAGGAGCAGGCUCUGCAAGAGACCUUCCCACUGCUCGCUUCUGUUGAGGAGCUGCAUUCCAACCCCCUUUCUCCAGAAGUUGAUACAGAAGUACCAAAAAGGAAAAAAGAAGCUGCUGAAUUACAAGAUCACGUUCCACCUAAAAAGAUCUGCAGCAAUGGUAGUGUCUUAGUGAAGGAGAAGCAGCUGAUGAUGGUCGCUCAAGGCAUCGGGAGGUCCUGGAGGGAAAUUGGAAUACUAGCUCUAGACGUCUCAUCGGUGAAGCUGCAGCAGAUAGAGGAGGACUAUUCUCAGCAUUCGGACCGAGUCUUCCACAUGCUGCGCCACUGGCGCAACUGUAAAAGAGAGGAGGCCACCGCUGCUCACCUGCACUCCCUCCUCAGUCGGAAGAACUUUGAAAUAUCACCUGAAAGUAUCGCCUUUCUACUGGAGACAGAUGGAGAGCAUCUUUAACAUCUUUAAGUUAACAGACUUGACAUUUGUCUUUGUUCAAUUUCUCUUUGAUCAUGAAAUAUACAUUCCAGUUUAUGCUAUCAUUUUAAGAAAAAGUAAAGUAAAUAGGAAUGUUUUAGUACAACAUUAUUUCCAUGGUAAACCAGAUAAUUUUAAGUUGUGCACUCUCUUUUUUAUGAUAAGAUGGAACUGAAGAGUAAACUUUUUUUAUAUAUAUAUUUUGUACUGACGUAAAAGAAGUGAUGUCUAUCAUGUGUCGAGUGCAACAUUAAAGGUUAUAUCAUAAAAGUGUAUUUUACAGACAAUUUACUUCAAAUAAAGUUUUUCUUAUGUACUACUGCUUAA